CAGCUAAGCUACCACUUCCCACGUCUAUUCCGCCGCAUUAAGGUCUGCACAAAUCACAAUGUCUUCCCUCGCUCGCCCUCUCUACAACACCUUCGUCAAGAGGAACUUCACCUUCCUCGGCGUAAUCUUCGCAUCCGCCUUCGCAUUCGAGAUUGCAUUUGAUAUCACUACUGAUAGGAUCUGGGACAACAUCAACAAAGGCCGACAAUGGAAGGACAUCCGAUCGAGAUACGUCCAGAGCGGCGAUGGAGAUGAGGAGUAG